AGUCAAGCCAAGUCAAACAUAACCUAUUUAAUCGUGUAAUCGUAAUUUUACUAAUUUUGUGUUCUGUUUCUGUAUGACUUGACUUCUGAAUUCCAAAUUCUUGUAUGCACUAGCUAUGUGCAUCGUUGUUUUAAGUUUUAUUAUCAAUACACAAACCAAUUUAUAACUCUAUAAGCAAAAUUUUAACCUUUAGGUAACAGCUGGAGGAAUGGCGUCGUUUGACUCUUAUUGGGAUGUGGACAAGUAUAAGAAUGAGUUUGAGUCGAGUGAGCACUGGGAGCUUCGUCGUCAGUUUAUGGUCGCCCACAAACACAAGUACCCGGAACUGCGGCUAGUCUGUCUGACGCAAGUCUUCUUCAACAUGGAGUUCCUGGGCUGCAAGUAUCCCCAAAAAACUAUGGAUCUGGUGAACAAAUUGGCUGGAGAAGUGGCAGGAGAAUUCCGUGAAUCUCGUAAGGAUAAAUUAAAGCGAACGUUUGUUGGCGCCCAAGAUGCAGCGGGAGCCAAGGCUAAAGGAGCAAAACCGCCGACUGGAGUAGUUGAAGGCUCUGUGACAGACGGACCAGCAGUGAAGAAGCCUCGUGUUGAAGAGCAAGAUAUUCCGUGCAUUGAAAUAAAAGAUGAAGAAGAAGAGGAAAAUGUUGCCACAACUUCAAACGACAGCAUUGAUGGUAUAGAAAAAUACGCUGAGGCCGUUAAGGAAGUUGCAAAGACGUGCGUGCUUCUUUUCCCCACACGCACCAACAGUAAGACGGAAACUGAUCCAAUGAAUAUUAUUCACGCUAACUUCCAUCACUCUCAGAUAACGAUUCGCUUCGAAGGCACCAAAGCCGAAGGUUUCAGGUGUGACAUCUUGGUAAACCCGAACCCUGACGCAGCAAAGGACAAGAAGUCAAAGGCCUCUGAUAGUCUGCUUGUAGGUUCUGCGUUUGGCUCCACGCAACGCCAGGGCAAAUACGACGCUGCCCAGAAGGCAAUUAACUAUAUGAAGCAAUACUGUACUUACAUUGUGCCAAACCCGGAGUGGUUUAAGGAAGGAGGUACCCCAGAUUUCAUUGAGAAAAGAAUACCAUGCAGCAAAACUCCUCGUACUUAUUUGAUCAUGAGGAAGGAAGACACUGGCCACAUCAGUCCAGAAGUCGCUGAUCUUUUGUUGGAAAAUUUCAAACGCAGCUCCAACCAAGACAUGUUCUUUCCCGAUGUAGAAUACCUUGAGAAAGAGAAGAUCCAGCUCAUGAACCGAAGUGCAAAACACCGAUUGGGUUUCCGUCACUUUGGUCCCAAACAGAUGAUGAAGCACCAUCAUGUCUGUAUCUUCAAGGAAAAAACAGGCAAAGAGAUCAUCGAAGAGGCGAAGCAAAUGGGUGGGAAACAUCCUAAGUAUAUAAUCCACUACAAGAAAUGAUCAGGGUAAAACUCCUUCGAAGAAUCCAAUCAAUACGAGGAGUCCAAAGGAUAAAUUUAUAAAUAGUUUAAUA